AUGGUAUGGAAUUUGACCCGGUCAGGCAUUGAACAAGAAGACGAAGGGCUGAAGAUGCUGCAGAAGUUUUGCAGAAGAAAAUACAGACACUCUCUUACAAAUGCUUUAAAAAGCUCGAGAAUUCACAAACGAGAAUCGGUUGCAGCAGAAACACAAAGCGUGGAAUCUAUUGGUUUGAAUAGAAAUAAUGUUGCCACGGAUACAAUAGAUCAUGGUGAAUACAAUAUUUAUAACGAAGAAACCAGCCAGCCAACUGUGUACGAUGUCAUUGAAGAAAUCUUAAGCAGUCAGAGCAAACUAAGUGUUUUAUUCGUAUCGUCUACGAACAGACCAAUCCGCUGCCAUCCAAUCAAGUUGAUAUGGUACAAUCUUGAAUUCAAGUUUGGCCGUUGGAUAAAAUGCGCAUUAUUGUUAUUAGUGCUAAUUGCAUAUGCACUUUUCGGUGGAUUACUUGUUCAUCAGCUCGAAGCACCUGCUGAACGUGAGCUGAUUGCUCAGCUUGAUCAAAAAACCAUAGAGCGCCAUAAAAUUUAUGCGAAAAAAAUAUCAGGAUUAUUUACGUCGUCACACUGUCAGUCUAUUACAGAACGCAGUGAUGAACAAAAUAGUACCGAGAUAGCACCACUUUUAAAACAGAUAACAUGUAAUAGAAGGCUUGAACGGCUACUAGAGGAGUACGAUGAGCUAAUGGGCAUCUUGAACUACAAGCAUAAUCUCUGGAGAUGGGCCGAUUAUUGGAAUGCUGUAUUUUAUUGUGGCACUAUUUUUACCACCAUCGGGCCGGAUUUUUACUAUUUUAUAUGCUUUACUCGGUGUGCCGUAUAUGCUAGUAGUACUGAACGAAUUUGGAAAGCUGAUUCUUCUGUACGUACGCAAUAUUUGGCUUUUUAUCCGGAAAUGUUUCAAGUGCUUUGCACAAUUUAUUUUAAGGUUUCUAAUGAAGCUCAAGUCAAAAUAAAAAAAAUUCGUGAAGCAGUAAAAAACAAUAACCGUGACAGCAAUGAAAACGAUGCAAACAAUGAGAAUGAUGAUUAUGAAACAUUUCCAAUUUACGGUGCAAUACUAAUUAUCAUUGUUUACAUCGCACUUUGCUCAUUCAUAUUUCGCAUAUGGGAGCACUGGGACUAUUUCACUGCUUUCUACUUCUUCUUCAUUUCUUUAACCACUGUCGGAUUAGGGGACGAAAUGCCAGCCCAUCCUCAUUUUGCUUGCGUGUUUUUCAUAUUUUUCAUCGUCGGACUGGCGUUAGUAUCGAUGUGUGUCUCAAGUGUACAGAUGGAAUUUGAAAUGAGAUUUAUGAAAGCAAUCAAUCUGAUCGAUGAAUAUAGUAGAGAGCGGCAACGACGAGAUCAGAAAAGCUUGCUGAAAACUGCCGGAGGUCCAGUUAGAUUCAUCAACUCAGUCCCUGUGUUGAACCCACUUGCGUUCAUACCAACUGUUUCAAAUAGUCUUACAAAAGAACGGUACCUAUUUCAUGACCGCCUACGCUUUUAUAUGCUGCAAUGA